CAAGUGUAUUUCUUUUCUAAUUAAUAUAUAUUUGUAUGUAGAUUUUAACAUUUAAAUUGCAUGUGGACAUUCAAUGCAUGUUGGAAUUGGAGGUAAAUAUUUAAUAAUUAUCUUAGGAUUUCUGAGUGUUGUGAUUGAUUUACAUUUUGUUGAAAGGAUAACAGUUGAAUUAUUGAUCCAAAACAGUCUACAAUGGAAAAUGAAAUAGAGAAUAAAGAAAUCACUACUGCAGAAGAAUGGAAGAGAGUGACACAAGAUAUUGAGUCUGAUAACCAUGACCAAACAUAUCCUGUACAACUACUAUACUGGAACACUCACAUAGGUAGCUCUCUGGAUCCCUGUAAAAAUGGAUACCUAAUGGUAACAGAUGAAGGAAAAGUCUGUAGCCAUGGCAAUAAAGAUGACUCAAGAACUUUAUUUGAUAUAGUCCAUGACAUUCUGACUGAUCGCUAUCGUUUAAUAUGCAAAGGUGGACCCUGUAAAGGUUAUAUACUGUACAUGGUAGAUCAUGAUCUCAAAGCAAAGAAAUGGAAAAUAAAGGAUUCUGGGAAAGAUACAUCUGUAUUUUUCACUUUCCGUUCUAGAAAUAACAAUGAAAAACCACCAUGGAAGAUAAGUUCAUUCAGCGGUGUUCCACUUCAGUUCAACCCUAAAGGAAAUUUCAUCCCUGAAGAGCCAGGAAAAGACAGUACAGAUUAUACAGAUCCAUAUUAUUUCAUUCCAUUUACUGCACAUACAAUGCAUAUUUCUGCGGUCUGAUUAAAGAAAUCGGGUCAAAUACUGUAAAAACAUUAAUUUUCAUGGGUUUCAAAUUUUGUGGUUUUGUCUCUAAAUUUCAUUUCAAGGGGAUUCUUUCUUUUUGUUUUCAGUAUGUGAAAGUAAUAUUCUAUGAAGGCUAAAUUUGUUGGGGUUUUAAUUUCCUCGAUAUAAUAUAUCCAUGAUAUAAAUGAUAUUAAAACCCCACCGAAAAAUUUCUGCUUUAACAGUAUAAAAUCUAAUAGACCACUUCCGAGUUCGUUGCAUUUUUGUCAAAAACUUUGGUUUUAGUGAACAUCAUUUGUGUGUUUAGGGGCAUCGUCACUUCCUUCCCAUGUUGAGCAAGCGGUUAUAAAAAUAUGAUGCUAUAUUGCACGAAUUAUUCUGCAAAUUUAAUUCUUAUAAUUGAUAAUCAGCACUGCUGUCAUUAGGGAAUUGUGAUUAAGUACCUACGGAACAAACAUUAUUUCAAGAUUAGCCUGCAUAAAGAUGAUCACGAAGACGCUUGAUUAACUUGUAUAGUGCAGGGAUAGAGGGGCCCGCCUGAAUCCCUGAUAAUCAGCACUGCUGUCAAUAGGGAAUUGUGAUUAAGUACCUAGGGAACAAAAUUAUUUCUAGUUUAUCCUCCAUGACGAUAACGAAGACGCUUGAUGAACUUUAAUAGAGCAGGGAUAGAGGGGCCCGCCUGAAUCCCUGAUAAUCAGCACUGCUGUCAUUAGGGAAUUGUGAUUAAGUACCUACGGAACAAACAUUAUUUCUAGUUUAUCCUGCAUAAUGACGAUUACGAAGACGCUUGAUGAACUUUAAUAGUGCAGGGAUACAGGCGGGCUCCACUAUCUGUUGAUGCCAUUAAGGCGUGCAUAAUUGACAAACUUUUCCGGUGAAGGACAUUACUCGAAAGUGGUCUAUUUGGUCAUCAUCAUAUUUACAUGAAAAAAUAUAAAUCAUAAUAAAAUGCUAAAAAAUAAUCAUAAAAUAAAAGUAUGACCCAAUUUUAUACAAGAAAAAAUGUCUUUUUAACACUUUUUCUCUUACUUAAGGACAUGGCCAGGAUUUAUAAUCAAGAAGAUGGACAUUCACACUAAUGUUGAGAAUUAAUUGUUCUACCUACAAAUUUAAGGGGACAGUUCAUCAAUCAGUUCAUGAUCAAUUUUAAUUUCAUUUCAUUUCUUAUAUGGCAAAAAGAAAAAAAAGCUGAAAACCAAAAAAUGUUAUAAUAUAUAUAACAGUAUUGGUAACUACGACGUACCCAUAUAUGUCUUUUUAUUUGUUGUGUUGUUGGGUUGAUGCCUUAUUGACCUUUAUUCGUACUAACAUCAUGGUAUAAAGUCACUUUUAAAGUGCUUAAUCAAAUUUUAUAAAAUAUGAUAAGAAUAGUAUAACAACACCAAACUUUUACUUUCAAAUAUUUUUUGCAUGUUGUGUUUUACAGAAGGAUGGUGUUGUAUUUAAAUCAUUAUUGAAUUGUUGACCUGUUAAACAUGUAAAUAGACUCAUUACAUAAACUGUGAUAUUAUUUGCUAUUACUAGUCAUCGUUUUAUAAAUGUUACAGAUAAUCACAAUUAUUAACCUUUGUCCUAAUUAUUUUUAUUUUAUUUACAGCAAACAUUUAAAAAUACUUAAGAAAUAAUUCUUUCAUGCCAUGCUUUAUGCUCAUUUUAACAUGGGUAGGCAUUAUAUUUGUCAAUAUCUUUAUACCGAGCAUAAAGCAUGGCAUGAUAGAAUUAUUUCGAUUCUGAUAGGAAUAUUUAGAACUUAUGUACUUCGAAGCAGACAUAUAAUACACAUUAAAAAGGCAUCCAUUUUGAUUUGCUGAACCAAAAAAAUUAUAGAAAAUCAACAGUUGAACGAUAAAAAAAUUAACAUAUAUACGUAAACUUACUUUUACAAUGAUUUUAUUUAAUUUCCUAGCCUAGCGAGCAACACAAACAAAACUGUCCAGCGUUGUUCAAAAUACAACUGACGUUGAAAUUUCAAUUGUGACGUCAAUCACGUGCAGCCCAUGUUUUAUUGUAAUUAGAACAUGGCUUUGUUUCCAAAGCGAAAGAAGGACGUCAUAUUAGAAUUAUAGAAUAACUAAUCGAAGAAUUCAAAUAGAGAAAAAUAUUCAACGAGUGACCGAACAACACAUUAAUUCACGAAUGCGCGUAGCGCAUGAGUUAAUUAUCAGUGUUGUUCGGUCACGAGUUGAAUAUUUUUCGAUAUUUGAAUUCUUUGAUUAGUUAUUCUUUUUAUUACAUUGGCAAAUGGCUUUUUUUAAUGAAAUUAAUGUAGAAAAUGUAAGGAACUAUAUCUUUUUUCUACGCAUUCACAAUUUGUUUUGAUCCAACGUUAUCGACGUCUUGACAACGCCUAUUGUUGUAUGACGUCAGAGAGUGAAAUAACCACGUUUAUUUCAUAGGUGAAAUUAUCGGUUUUUAUUUGACUGGGAAAUCAAUGUAAUUCAAUGCUACCAAUGUAAUAAUAGGGAAUAAUCCUGUUUCUUUGAUGUUUGUCAACUCAAGAAUAUUUAUCAAAUUGAUAAAAAAACUUCUGCUUUCACUUUGAAACAAAUUACUAACACAAUUUUGUAAAUAUUACAAAUUAAGGCUGAACAAAAGAAUCACUUUACAAGUCCAAGCCUUUAUUGCAACAUUUUUAAAAGUUUGUGAUACAUAUAAAGUAUAUCCAUAUAUAAUUUUUUUAAACUUUAAUGUAGGUGUGUACGGAGAGUUAACUUUUCAACAGAAAAUUACAUUCCUAAACAAGUAGGACACAUUAUAGAUUUUUAACACAAUUGUUUUUAGUGCUGUGAUAUUGAUGUUUUUGUGCAUGCAAAAAAGUCCAUAAUUUUGAAAUAAAAUUCAAAAUAUAAUGUUACAAUUUUACAUUUCUCUGAUCAAAAUGUUAAUAUGACCUUUCAUAUCUGUUCCAAAAAAACAUUUGAGCCAGCUGCACAUUUUUUAUCACUUUUUUAUACUCUUUAGAUUUGAACUAUAAAUCAAGAUAACAAACAGAUGAAAAAAUGGGGCAGUUUAUUUUGUUUUGAGAACUCAAAGUUAUUUUAUACCUAAGAAUGUGAAUAAAUGGAUUAAUGAGUAUGUAUUUACAAGGAUAUGGACUAUCAUAAUGACAAAUUCAAUGUGUUGACAAUUUAAAACCAAAGAUGAAUUAUAUUUCCUGUACUUGUACACCAAAAAUUGUGUAAAACAUGUUAAGAGUUGUAAAAUAAAUGUUUAUGAUUCAUA